AUGUCGGCAGAUGUGACCUUUGACAUCGUCACGGCCAGCAUCUGCGCCCUCCUCAUCAUCGUCCGCUGCGGCUACCGCAUCCUCCUACGAUGCAAAGUUCACGAUACGUGCCACCGGAUGUGGCACGUCGACGACGCCUACAUGGCCUUUGCGCUCCUCCCGCUCAUCGGCCGCACGACUUGCAUCUCGCUCUCCUUCUACCUCAACCCAACGCACACGUACGAUGCCGCCACCGAAGAGGCGGCCGCGGCGCGGAAUCUCAGUGUUGAGAAAUUGGCAGAGUAUUACGUCAUCUCACACAAGCUGCUUAUACCGGCUCGCAUAUUCUAUGCAUUAUUCAUGUGGUCCCCUGAUCCUACGGGCGCGAAUACCUGCCACCGAGCCCUCGGAAAUCUCGUCACAAUGGCCGUCUUCAACAUUGUUACCGAUAUCGCGCUCAUCAUCUUUCCCUUUCCCAUCUUUCGCCACGUUAAACUCGACAGCAAAGUGUUCGUCUCCAUCAGACCCCUAGGAUCCCUCAAUGCUUGA